AAGCUGUCGCUUACACGUAUUUUUGAGGUCUGCGCUCUUCCCCCGAAUUCCGCUGAUCCCAUUUCAUCUCAGGGCAUUGCCUUUUAAUUCCCAGAUCUCAGGUGUUUAUGCACCAUUGGAUUAUUCUACCAAGUGGUGAGAGGAUCGCUAAUUGAUAUUUUAAUCACCGACACACUUUCUUCCUUUAGCCGGACGUUGCAUCUGCGCUCUCGGACAUCUCAGAAGAAAAGCGUCGGUCCUGCUGAUUCAAGGCUGGUGGAAUAGGUUCCGUACAGUAUAAUGCUGCUAAGUUUGUGUACUCUGAUGACAUUUGUAUGGGGACUACCCGGCUUUUCUGCCUCGUACGUGCCCUGUGAGCCGUGCGAUCAGAAGGCGAUGUCCAUGUGUCCUCCGGUGCGGAUGGGCUGUCAGGUGGUGAAGGAGCCCGGCUGCGGAUGCUGCUUGACCUGCGCACUGACCGAGGGGCAGGCGUGUGGAGUCUACACGGGCACUUGUGGACAGGGACUGCGCUGCUUGCCUCGGAACGGGGAGGAAAAGCCCCUGCACGCUCUACUUUACGGCAAAGGAGUUUGCAUCAACGAGAAACUAUACAAACCGUUGCCUAGAGAUCGUGAGUCACAUGAAGACACCCACGUUACAGAGGUAACAGAGGAUCUUCUUCCCCAGGCCAAAGUUCCAUUAUUCCAACGAGACCACAUAAACAGCAAAAAGGCUCAGGCCAUGCGAAAGAACCAAAAGAGACAGGAAGCUAAACUCAGGAUCAGGAGCAAUUUUGAAUACCCCCUCUAUGGAAAGGACAAACAUCAGUCUGACAUUGGUCCGUGUCGAAGAAAGCUGGACGGAAUUAUCCAGAGGAUGAAGGACAACUUAAGAGUCAUGGCUCUUUCGCUGUACCUGCCUAACUGUGAUAAGAAAGGCUUCUACAAGCGCAAACAGUGCAAACCGUCCAGGGGGCGCAAGCGAGGCAUCUGCUGGUGUGUAAACAAGCAUGGAGUUCAGAUGCCGGGCACUGACUUUAAUGGAGGCAACAUCCAAUGCAAAGAUCUCGAAAGCAACAGCAACAACAACGAAUGAGACGACUCAAAUUUGGUUGCGCACUUUCAUCUACCAUAUUACGUGAUUUGCCAAUCAUUUCUGAUCUUAAUCUUAAGAAGUCUGACCUUUAUUUGUGGAAAAUCCAUAUUAUAAAAAGAGCCUCUUUUAAAACUAAGCAGAGGGUAUGCUCAAUACACGCAAGUUAUUGAAUCCUGCAAUUGUCCUCUUUGAUCUUCACGCGUCAUAAAGGUUGGUGGGAUGUAUCAAGAAUCAUUUGGGAAAUGUACUAGAGUCACGGACUAGUUUCCACUAUCUUAUCAUAGAUAUCUUAGAAGGCUUUAUGAGCUUAAAGGAGCAGUUUACCCAAAAUUAAAAAUUCUGUCUUAUUAUUAUUUAUCUAUCCUCGUGUUGUUUUAUACCCAUAUGACACUCCUCCUUCACAAAGCGAGAUUUCCAACAGUUGUCCAUGCAUUUAAAUCAGUUGGGUCUAAAACAUUGGAUUUUUUUUGUGCAUUCUAAACACAUACCAUUUUGGAAUUACAAGGUGAUUGAAUGAUGGCAGAAUUUGCAUUUUGGGUGAACUAUCCCCUUAUAUCAAUGUGACUAUUUCAUACGAGUUUGCUUUUGUCCACGGCACAACAAUUAUUCACUCAAUAGUACUUGUAUAGUCAUCACACACUCUGUUUAUCAGUUUUUUUGCACCACCCUUUCCAAAGCUCUGAGCACAUCAGUUUAUUGUCUUGGCGCAUUGCUUUGCCAGUCUGAAUGAUAUAGGGAAAUUUAUAUUCUAAUAACCAGUUUUAGUGCGCUGUAAAAACAAAACAAAAGCCCUGUGAAAGAAAGCGAAGUACAACCUAAGCUUAGACACACAUAUAUUAACAUGCGGUUUAUAUGAAUCACUACUGAAUAAGAAAGACUCAACAUUUGAAUGCACAAUGAUUACAAAACAACCAGCCACUUUUCUAUUUUUUUUCCAGCUUUAACAGAUCAGGGUCCUUGGGUUCUUAUGGAAAUCUCAGUGCCUUUUUCUACUCAAAUAUUUGAAUACUGAUUUACAUCAAAGGCAUCAAAGGGGCCACAGAGGGAAAACACAAACACUCUAAAUACUGACCUUUAGUUUGCAGGAGUGUAGAUUCAAAAAAAGCAAAUUCAGUGUUCUCAAAAAGUAGGCAAAUUGGGAUUAUUUGCAUUAUGAAAAUGCCAUAGUACCAAAGGUACUAUUAGGUGUUGGCCCAUAGACUUGAAUUUGGUGCAACCACAUUUUCCACCUAAUAGUAUCAUAAAUAUGCUCUAUGUGCUUAUGAGAUUAUUUGCAUUGUGACAUGUGUUUCAGAUCAGAGGCUGGCGACAGUUUUGUCCCCUGUUUGCAGAAUUGCAGAAAGCCUUCUGUCAUCCUCACCUGUAAACACCUGUAACUCAAGUUUUAUUUUAUCCAUAAUCCUCAAAGUUGAUUUCGAUUUUAAAGGACCAUAUUCCUCUUGUUACUCUUGAGUAACAUGGAAAGGAUUCUGAAUAAUAACACUCUGAGGUGGGGUUAGGCUCACUGUUACGAGACAAAAAUAUAUAGAGGAAAAAAAGUGUAACAAGUUUAGUAUAGAUUCUUAUUUUUAAUUUACUAGCUUAUUUAAAAUGAGCCCAAAUCAACUAAUAUGGAUGAUCAAAUUCUUUGUAUCACAUCUUAAUACCUGUGCAAUAUUUAUUUGCCAUGUAAUUUAUGUACUCUUAUUUUUGUCUCUUUUGUAAAGACAAACAUUUAUUUAAUAAAUAUAUAAAUAUAAAGAUAUUCAGAUAUAAUA